AUGCUAUCUAUUUCUCAUACAUAAAAAUCCUUAUAAGUGCAUUCAUAAAAGCAAUUACAUAGAUAAAACUUAUAUUCUAGAAACAGAACAAUUGAUAAUGUAGAUGCAAAUAAAUUGAGAGCCAAAUAUAUUAUGCAUGAUAAGGAAUCUUUAUAUGAAGAAAUUCAGAAAUUAAAAUAAGAGAACAAUCAAUUAAAAUUAACAUUGAGAUAAUUCCAAUCAUAAAUUUAAUAUUUUAAGAGAGAAGUGCAAUCAAUUUCGAAAGAUGAAGGAACACCAACAAAAAAUUAUUCAAGAUUAAAAUAAGGCUACUUAGAAAAAAUAACUCGACUAGAAGUAUUUUAAUUAUAUCUCAUUUUAGGAUGAAAAUAUCAAAUUACAAUAAUAAUUAGAAGAAUAGUAAUAAUAUAUUGGUUAACUAUAAAAUCCAUUUAAUAAAAACAAUGUUGAAAAUUUAUGUAUGUCUUUAAGUGAGGAUAAUAUGAAGUUAACUCAAUUGAUUUAAUAAUAAGAAUAAUCAGUAAAUCAAGCUUAAGUAUUUAUAUAAAAUUAAAGUUAGAGUUAAUAUAAUAAAAUGAAUGUUAAAUAUAAUGCAAUAUUAAAUAAGUAUAAAUAAUUGAAAAACCUUAAUGCUUAAUUACUUUUGGAAAUAGCAGAAUUAAAGAAAAAGGAUACUUUAUAUCUCGAAAGACCUUAAUAAAAAGAUAAUAAAAAAGUUGAAGAAUAGUUAUAAUUAGAUUUUGAUCAAGCUCUUGUAGAUUUAAGAAAUGAAAGAUAGAAAAAUAAAUAUUUAGAAAAUAUGAUGUAAAAGAUAUAAGCUGAAAAUCAAGAAUAAAUUGAAAAUCUCGAAAAAAAAUUAUCUGAUUAAAAAAGAUAAUAUGAAUUAUUAUAAAAAGAAUAUGAUUUAGAGAAAAUAUAAAAGUAUUAAUCUAAAAGAACAAUACUAAUAAAAAAUAAUGGACCCUAAUAACCAGAAGAAUAAGUAUAAUAAUAAGAGGAAAAUGAAUUGUAAAAGAAAAAAAUUAUUAAUGUUGAUAAAAAUGAAAUUAUGACAAUAGCUAGAUAAGUCAAAUUAAAUCUUAUUGGAUUAAAAAUCUCUUUAUAAUAAGUAGAAGAGUAUCUCUUAACUCAUGAAAAUUUAACUUAACAUUAACUUAAAUAAAAUUUAUCUAAUAGAAUAUUUGGUCUCUAAACACUUGAAUAAAUUGAAAUGGCAGCCAUUUAUUUAGCUGAUGUUGAAAGUGAAACUGAAACAACUACUAGUGCAAGAGUUAGAAGUAUAUUUAAAACACUAAUGGAAAAUUAUUAAAUAUUAACACUAUAAUAAUUAAAUAAUAUCAAUUAGUAAAUUAUGAAAAAGAAAAAUGAAAUUUCAGAUAUAUUAAUAAAGAAAUAUCCAGAUACCUAUACAAAUGGUUAUAUUAAUAUUGAUGUAACAUUAUUGGAAUAUAUUAGAUAUAUUUAGAAGUCUUAUAAUAAGUUGAAAUUACAUUAAGUAAGCUAGAAAUUGAUCAUUUCUAUGCUCUAAUAACUAAAUAAAACAAAUAAAAAAGAAUACUCCUCUAAUAAAUUCAUUCUCCUUUUGAUGUAAAUUAGAAUGAAGAAGAAAAUCAAGAUGAAUAACCUUAAAUAAAUCAUUUCAAUAAUGAUGAACCAAAUAAUGUGAGAUUAUCUUAAAGUCAAUUUAUAGGAGUUCACAAUAGAUAAGAAUCAGAAUUAGUCAAUUUAAUUGAAGAUGAAGAUGAAACAGAUAUAAACAAAAAUUAAUACAAAAAUAGUAAAAUUAAUAAAGAAAAAGAUUAACUUGAAAAUUAGGAACUAUUAUAUUCUGAAUAAUAAUAAUUAGAAGAAGAAAAAAAUAAUUUAAAAGAUGUCCAAAAUGAUGAUCCAGAUAUGAAAAUGAUUGAUUCGUAAGAAUUAAGAAAAUAAAGUUAACCUGAUUUAUAAUAAUUUUGAAUUUAAAUAAUGGAUAACUAAUUUGAGAGAAAUGUAAACAAGCAUAUAGAUUGAUAUAAAAAAACUACAUCAAAAGAUUCAUUAAAUUAUAAAAUAUGAACCAAUUCCUCAGUAGCCAACACAAUAUUUUAUUGGUAAAUCAAGACCAAGCAGAAUUAAUGAUGAGGAGUAAACAAUUCUUUCUUCAUUUAAUGAGAAUUCUUUUCGAAAAAGGUCUUCACAUAGCUGUUCUUUAAAGUAGAUAUAUAAACUAAAAGUUAAAUAGAAUGCAUAAGAAGCAAAAAUUAGGAAUUGUAUAAAAGAAUGAAUAUAUUAGAUUAGGAAAAAAAAGUAAUCUUAUUAUCAAUUUGAAAGUUAACUUUAAAAGACUUUAUAAAUAUAAACAUAGAAUUACAAUGAAAAUUGUCUAUUAAACAAAAAUAAAUUAAAGCAAAAGAAUUAGAAAAUAUAUUGUUACAAGAUUAGAGAGUUUUAAAAGAAAAUUUGA